AUGGCGGACGAAGGCAUGUCCAUUGUUCCCUACGGGUCAGGCAAUCUUGACGUCGUACUCCGCCAUAACGACUCUGUCGUUGUUUCUGACCGAGACUCCCAGCAACUUGUUCUUCGACAUGCAGCCGAAAGCGAUGACGGCAACCUGGAGCUUGCUGACUGCCCGUAUUGCCAUCGACCCCUACGUGAUAGCAGCUCAGCCCAGGACGACCACCAUGGCGGAACGCAGCCGGAGUUCAUCAACCCACACUAUUUCCGCAUGCUUCAUAAUAGCUUGCCCAGCUCUGUGAGCUCAUCUAGCCCUCCGUCACCCCGCCGACGUCUGGUGCCGCCCGCACUUGCAGACGGUCCCACCAGCGAGCCCAGCUACUCGGGUAGCGGCAUACACUCUACGCAAGGAAUCUCUUCCGCCGCUUUUACACAGGACUAUUUCAAGAAGUUUUUCGUGGAAGAGACGGUUUUAGGAAAGGGAGGGAAAGGAGUGGUUUUGCUGGUAAAGCAUGUGCUGGACGGUGUAUCGCUCGGACAGUAUGCCUGCAAGCGGGUUCCCGUCGGAGACGAUCAUGAAUGGCUAGAGAAAGUGCUCGCAGAGGUGCAAUUGCUGCAGCAUCUUACACACCAAAAUCUUGUUUCAUAUCGACAUGUGUGGCUGGAGAACGCGAAGAUCAGUACGUUCGGGCCCAGUGUGCCUUGUGCAUUUAUUCUUCAGCAAUAUUGUAACGCUGGGGAUCUGCAUAACUAUAUCUGUGGUUCGGUUGACACUCCGACAACCACUGAGCAGCUGAAGGAGCGUCUGCGCAGAAAGUCCCGAGGAGGGCCGGAGCCUCCGUCUGAAGCUGGUGGCCUUCGCAAGUUGAACUUCGAGGAAAUUUAUUCUUUCUUCAAGGACAUCACCUCGGGGCUGCGUUACCUCCAUGCUAAUGGAUACAUUCAUCGUGAUCUGAAGCCAAACAAUUGUUUGCUUCACAAGACCAGUGACGGAAUUCGAGUGCUCGUGAGCGACUUUGACGAGGUUCAGGCGCAAGACUCGAUGCGGAGGUCUACUGGGGCGACCGGGACGGUUUCCUUUUGCGCUCCGGAAGUUCUACGGCGAGAUUAUCCAGGGGGUCCAUUUGGGAACUUCACCUUCAAGUCCGAUAUCUUCUCUUUGGGGAUGAUUCUCUACUUCCUCUGUUUUGCGCAGUUGCCCUACACCCACGCCGACCUGAUCCAUGAGGAGAAAGAGGACCUCGAUCAGCUCCGUGAGGAAAUCAGCCAUUGGGCUGGGUUUGACGAUGCGCAGUUUAUCAGGCCGGAUUUGCCUGGGCAGCUCUACACAUUCUUAAAACGUCUACUGUCCUUGGACCCUGACGGGCGGCCGUCUGCAGACGAGGUUCUGAGCGGCCUACAGGCUGGUGCCAACGUUAACGAGAGUUUUCGAUCAAGAAGGACCAGUCCAACAAGCCCUGACAUACGUCCAAGCGCGAGGAUUCAUCCGGUGGAAAGCACGGAUACUCCAUCCUUCCGGCCAUCCAGCUCUCCGAACAAGUCUCUGACACGGAGUCCAGUGGCUGUACGACGAAAUCCACUGUAUGAGUCGGAUGGUGCCGAGGCUGCAUUGAGGCCGGUUGUAGAAGAGACAAGCCCGUUGUCAGAGCGAAACACCCCGCUCAGCCCGGAAAACGACAUGAUGGUGCGGCCUUGGUUCUCUAGCGCACAAUCGCACUCUCCCGCACAAGCCGAACAUCGCGAGGCUCCCCAGGAGCGACCGCAGCCUGUCCAACAGUUACUACCCCCGCCUCCCGGUCGUUUCUCCCUGGCUAGAGUCUUCCCGGGCGCUGCAUCACUCAUCGACUCGCAGAUCCCUGCAGUGGCGUUGCAACUGGCGGCAUUCCUGCUCAAGGUCGUCUCCACCUUCCAACCCUGCAGUCCUCUGGCAGUCAAUCCCUGGGUUGCUUAUCCUCUACUUCUGCUGGCUGCGGUCAACUUCCCAGCCGCUGGGCUAUGGAGCCAGAUUGUUUCUCUUCUCCUCCACCUUUUGAUUGUCAGUUUGUCAAUGCGGAUGGAAGCACUGUGCUGGCGGGCAUCACAUAGUGCGAUAUUAUUUUCUCGAUAG